UUGAAUUUCCCCAAUUGGCUGGGAACCGAGCUGCGACUAUCAUUUUUUUUCGAGCGAAAUAAAAACGGACUGAUUAUCAACUGAGAGCAAGAAUGGGUUUUCUCCUUUUAUCUCGUAAAACUGACAGUGAUGUCCUUGUUGCCUGCUGGCCAAAUUUCCGUGGUCCUCGGCGCCCAAUGGGGUGACGAAGGUAAAGGAAAGCUUUCCGAUAUUCUUUGCGGUGAAGCCGACGUGUGUGCUCGUUGUCAGGGUGGCAACAACGCCGGUCAUACCAUCGUUGUGAACAACGUUAAAUAUGAUUUCCAUAUUUUGCCUUCUGGUUUGAUCAACCCUAACUGCGUCUGCGUGAUCGGUGCUGGUGUUGUCAUUCACUUGCCUUCGUUCUUUGAGGAAAAGGAAAAGUUGGAAGCCAAGGGUCUUGACUGUGACAAGCGUCUCUUUGUGUCGGAUCGUGCUCAUCUUGUGUUCGACCUUCAUCAAAUGAUUGAUGGUUUGAAGGAAGCUGAAUUGGGUCGCGGUAGCAUCGGUACCACCCGCAAGGGUAUUGGCCCAACCUACUCUUCCAAGGCUUCUCGUUCCGGUCUUCGUGUGCAUCAUCUUUACAACUUUGAAGAAUUCGAAGCCAAGUUCCGAGUCAUGGUCGAGAACAAGCGCAAGCGUUAUGGUCAGUUUGAAUAUGAUGUCGAAGCCGAACUUGUCCGUUACAAGGAACUCGCCGAACGUCUCCGACCCUAUGUCAUCGACAGCAUCUCUUAUCUUCACGAACAACUUAAGCAGAACAAGCGUGUUCUCGUCGAAGGUGCCAAUGCUCUUAUGCUCGAUCUCGACUUUGGUACCUACCCCUACGUCACCUCUUCCGCCACCAGCGUCGGUGGUGUCUGUACCGGUCUCGGUGUCGCUCCCAACAAGAUUACCAACGUCCUUGGUGUCGUCAAGGCUUACACCACCCGUGUCGGUGGUGGUCCCUUCCCUACCGAACAGCUGAAUGAAAUUGGUGAACAUCUUCAAACUGUGGGCUUCGAAUUUGGUGUCACCACUGGUAGAAAGCGCCGUUGUGGCUGGCUUGAUUUGGUUGUCCUCAAGUACUCUACCAUGAUUAAUGGCUAUACCAGCUUGAACAUUACCAAACUCGACAUCCUCGACCAGUUGCCUACUAUCAAGGUGGGUGUUGCCUAUCUUCUCGAUGGUAAGCCGUUGGCUUCCUUCCCUGCCGAUUUGUCUGUGCUCGAAAAGAUCGAAGUCCAGUAUAAAGAGAUGCCUGGUUGGAUGACCGAUAUCUCCAAGUGCAGAACUUGGGAAGAGCUUCCUGAAAAUGCCAAGAAGUACAUCGAAAUGAUUGAACGUGAAAGCGGUGUUCCCGUCGAAUGGAUCGGUGUUGGUCCCGGCAGAGAUGAGAUGAUCCACAAACCUUUGUCUGCAUAGUUUAGCGAUCUUUAGAACUUGUUGCCCCUUUUUCUUCUCCAUUUCAUCCUUCCGAAAUGUAUCUUUGUCCAUUUUUAUUAAAUCUUUUCUGAUUAAAUACAUAGUUAUCAGGCAUACUCUGCUUAAACUUGAA